AUGCCGAACAAGCGAGAAAAGCAACAGGCGGAGGAGAGAAACCAACGCCGCAAAGAAAAACGGGCUAAACGACAUGGUUCGUCAUCAUCCGGAGAUAACGAAUCUGAACAAGAUAAUUCUUCUCACUCGGCCCGCAACAAUGGUGUGGCCAAAAAUGGUCCUCCGGUGGACCAAGCGCGAAGCCUCGGUCUGGAUGAUAUUAAGACAUCCAAACUUCUAACCCUCAGCGACACAUUCCAGAAUCUGUCUGACUUUGUAGGAGUGCUACAAUUCCUAAAUCUUAGUGCUGCCAAUGCCGCUGAUGUAUUUCGGCCUGAAAUCGAACUCAGGGCCGAAAAUGAAAGAUUACAGCAAACGGUGAAUCAGAUUAUAAAUGCCGUGGAAACACAACAGCUACAGGAUUUAAGGCAAAAAUGUCAUAGACUGGAAAAGGAAAUAGCGGGUUUAGAUGGAAUUAAACAGCAAACAGAACGAGAACGGCAGGAGCUCGUCAUGGAGAGGAAAGCCAUUCUUAUUGAAAGGCAGGAGAUGGAAAAUGAGUUUAAAAAAAGAACUGAAAGUGCAAAUAAGGAAUUUGAGAAGGAGAUGGUAAGAGAAAGAAAUAACUGGAAGGCUAAUCUAGCUUCGAUCGAAAAAUCAGAAAAGAAAACCAAAGAUCUCAAUGUACAGUUAAAGGAAGAAAGCGAAAAGGCCAAACAGACGGCCCAGGAUCUUCGAGUCGGCAAUGAUACAUUGAUGGCUGAAACUAGAAGACUAAUAUCAGACCUGGACAAAGAAAAAUCAAGAUUCUGUAUCCAGAGCCAUGGCAUCGAUUAUUAUCAGGCAAAUUUCGCAGAACUGCAUCAAAGGCUAGAAGAAUUGGUUUUUGAUUGCAUCACGGGCCCUAUGAAUGAUGAUCAGAUACUAGCUGUAGAGGCUACGAGUCUCGAAGAACAAGAGUUCUUCAAGUUUGUACCAACAAGGAAUAUUACUGUGGCGCAGUAUCUCUGGAGACGCGGCACACAGGCCUUUAUUUCUUCACAACUAUAUAGCCAUAUCUGGCAGUCUUUCCCCUGUGAUCAUAUGGGAGAAUUUGCAGACCCUAGUAGUUUAAAAUUUGCUUUUGACACGAUGUCUCGAAAAUAUGCCCAAAUCAAUCCUGAGAGAGAAGGAAUUUGGCGAAAUAUGACCCAUGAGAUCCUAGACGGUCUCUGCAUACAACUGUUAGACAGAGAGCAGCCGCAGAGAAACCUCGUGUCCAAUACUAUGAAAGUGUUGGAUCCCAUUAUCGACCCUAAAAAAAAGGAUAAUUUCGCAAUGAGAUUGACUGAGGUUAUCAGCAACGCAACCAGCUUGUGGUCUGCCGUGAAAACAGACUCUUGCAGGAUCGUAAUCUCAACCGAUCCACCGAACGAGAACAAGGGCGGACAGAAAUGGAGAGCAGCAUCUCUGAAAGAUAUCGAAAUGGUGACAUGCCUCGAGGAUAUUUCCAUUGAACAUGCUCACACACUCUGUCUGUUCCCCUCUAUCACUGCGACCGAGGAGUCUGGAAAGGAUGUGGUCGUUUAUCCCGGACAGGCUCUCUUCGCUGAUUGUGUAGCAUUUGCGCUGGGAUAUCAUGAGAAGCAGGAAACAGCCAGAGAGCUUGCACAAAGAGAACGAGAGCUGCGACAUUCUUACCGCAAAAGCAGCGUGAGUUCGCAAUCAACCUUCUCUAUCCAGAAUGGUUCCCAAAUUUCGCAUCGUGUCUCGUCUUGA